ACUGAUCCACAUUAUCAUUUCCUUUGCUCCUAAUUAGCACCAGCCAUAACCGCUCAAUGUUCAACAUGACUAUACAACUCCUGGCUUCCUUCCUCUUCUUCUUUUGUCUCCCCGUCAUUUUCUUUAUCCUAGCGAAAGCUUCUUCUGGUGCUACUGCUAACACCAAGAAGAACAGCCACAAGAAGGUCGUCCCGAAAUCAUACCCUCUAAUUGGUUCCUAUUUAGAUGUCGUGGCAAACUCUGACCGUCGUAUCCAGUGGCUCUCCGAUAUUGUCCUCAUAUCUCCAGCUAACACAUACAUCCUCCGCCGCUUCCUGGGCCAGCGGAACGUCAUUACCGCCAAUCCCGCCGUCGUACAACACAUUCUCAAGAGCCGUUUCCCAGUUUAUCAAAAAGGCCAUGCCUUUCGCGAAACGCUGAAAGACUUUCUGGGCAACGGAAUCUUCAACACGGACGGCGACAACUGGAAAUUCCAAAGGCAAGUCGCGAGCCAUGAAUUCAACACCAGGUCUCUGCGUAAAUUCGUCGAGAACGUAGUGGAGACCGAGCUCAACGAUCGCCUCAUUCCCAUUCUCACCAUGGCGGCGGCCCAAAAACAAGUCCUUGAUUUACAAGACAUCCUCCAACGAUUCGCAUUCGAUAACAUUUGCAAAAUCGCUUUCGGGUUCGAUCCGGAGUACCUGACGCAGUCAUUGGGUCCGAGCAAGUUCGCCAAAGCUUUCGACGAUGCCACCGAGAUCAGCAGCAGAAGGUCCAGCAGUUACGCGCUUCCCUUAAUCUGGAAAAUACAGAAGCAUCUCAACAUUGGAUCCGAAAGAAGACUUCGAGAGGCAGUUUCCGAAGUGCGUGAAUUCGCUAAGAACAUAAUUAGAGAGAAGAAACGAGAGCUUGCCAAGGGGGCUUCCCUUGAAUCUGCCGAUAUGUUGUCACGGUUCUUGAGUUCGGGGCAUUCGGACGAGGAAUUCGUUGCGGAUAUAGUCAUUAGCUUCAUACUGGCCGGCAAGGACACCACUUCUGCUGCUCUAACAUGGUUUUUCUGGCUCCUUUCGAAGAACCCAGAAGUGGAGAAGAAGAUUGUGAAUGAAGCAAGAGAAAAGUCGGAGUCCCCUUUGUACGAUGAAGUGAAAGAUAUGAUAUACACACACGCAGCAUUAAGCGAGAGCAUGAGGUUAUACCCGCCAGUGCCGAUGGACGCAAAAGAAGUAAUGGCCGACGACGUUUUGCCGGACGGAACUAUGGUAAGGAAAGGGAUGAUGGUGACGUAUCACGUGUACGCCAUGGGAAGAAUGGAGAAGCUGUGGGGCGACGACUGGGCAGAAUAUAAGCCGGAGAGAUGGUUAGAGAGAGAAGGAAACGGUGAUGCGGAGACAUGGAGGUACGUGGCGAGAGAUUCGUACAGCUAUCCAGUGUUUCAGGCGGGACCAAGAAUAUGCUUGGGGAAGGAAAUGGCGUACCUGCAGAUGAAGAAGGUGGUGGGUGCGAUUGUGACGAGAUUUAGGGUGGUCCCGGCAAUGGCGCAGGAGGUGGAACCACAGUUCGUUUCCUUCUUGACCUCCAAGAUGAAGGGCGGCUUUCCGGUUAAGAUUCAUGCUUUGGCUUAAACAUCAUAUAAACCAGAAUAUGUAUCUCUGCAAGUUCGCAUUAAGAACUUUACUUCUCAAUAAGCUAGUUGGGCAAUGAUCAGAUUUAUUGCUGUACUUCCUAAUACACUAGUUAUCCAAAUUUGGCUUGGUUUGUUGUGCUCUUCUAUUCGCUGAGCUCGAGAGCGUUAUCACUCCGACAGUCCGGCCACGUCGCAAACAGCAGGUUAAAAAAAGUAUGUUUCUAUCCAUAGAGAAAAACCACGUACGUUGAAAGAUUGAAGAAGAGACCCUGAAAAGACUAUGCUUCUUCGGACAUUUAAUCAACAAAGACUUGAAUCUAA